CAACAAGAUCACUCGGUGAAAUCAGCAUUUUUGUCAUUGAAAAUAUGGAUUUUGAAAACAAAGUGGUUUUGAUUACUGGAGCAUCUUCUGGAAUUGGAGAAGCAACAUCGAAGUACUUUGCCAAUUUAGGAGCAUCAUUGGUUCUUACUGGUCGUAAAUCAGAACAACUUGAAAGAGUUGGGAACGAAUGCAAGGGGAAUCCAUUGCUUCUGAUUGCUGACGUCACAAAAGUGGAAGAUAACCAGCGAGUUAUUGAUGAAACUAUCGCUAAGUAUGGAAAAUUGGAUGUUCUGGUCAAUAAUGCCGGAAUACUUGCAAAUGGGUCAAUUGAAAACACCAGUCUGCAACAGUACGAUGAAAUUAUGAACACAAACGUUAGGGCUGUUUAUCAUUUAACAAUGUUGGCAGUACCUCAUUUGAUAAAAAGCAAAGGAAACAUAGUAAAUGUGAGCAGUGUAGCCGGCAACAGGUCGUUUCCCGGAAUUUUGGCUUAUGGUAUGUCAAAGACAGCAAUUGAUCAAUUUACUCGCUGUACGGCUUUAGAGCUAGCUCCUAAACAAGUUCGUGUAAAUGCCGUAAAUCCAGGUGUUAUAGUAACUGACAUACACAAGCGAGGAGGAAUGGAUGAGAAGACAUACGCAGAAUUUCUAGAGAAAUGCAAGCAAACCCAUGCAUUAGGUCGUCCUGGCGAGUCAAAGGAAGUUGCUUCAGUUAUAGCAUUUCUCGCAUCCGAUGCUGCUAGUUUUAUAACAGGUGUUACCUUGAAUGUUGAUGGGGGACGCCACGCUAUGUGUCCCCGGUAAAGUCACUUGAGCAUUGCGUUUUUUGGGAUAGUCAAACUUCAAGAUGUUCUCGGAUUAGGCUAACGAAAUUCAUACGAUGAUGUGGGCGCUUGAGACAACGAAGUCUCGUAUGAAUACGCAUACUGAAAUUAAAGGAGCAAGGUGGCCGUUGUCAACAGCACCGCUAACCAGAGAAAGUAGCGCGUACUUUCGUUGACA